AUGUUUUCACCUCUUUUGUACUUCGUGUCGCUUCUUGGAUUCGUUGCUACUGCCAGGUCUAUCGUCCUCGACAUCAAUAAUCGCGAAUCAAUUGUCAAUGCGACCGCUCUUCUAGCCCACGGUGUUCAAGAGUUGUACGAUGGAAACCGAACCGGAGGCACGUUAGGAAAAUGGCACUAUCCUCCAUAUUACUGGUGGGAAAGUGGCGGUGCUUGGGGUGGCAUGAUGCAAUAUUGGGCAUGGACAAGAGACGAGAGCUAUAACCAGGUGAUGAUGGAAGCACUAGUCUCACAACUCGGUCCCAAUUACAACUUCGUCCGCGUCGAGGAGGCACUCGAUACUGGAAACGAUGACCAGGCAUUUUGGGUCUUUGUGGCCAUGUCUGCUGCCGAGUACGGUUUUCCACCACCUCCACCUCCUGCUCCAGCGUGGCAUGUUGUCGUAGAGAAUGCUUGGAACGACUAUUUUCGUAGAUGGAACACGACUUUCUGUAAUGGCGGUCUAAAAUGGCAGUUCUACCCAGCUAAUCUAGGCUACGAAUACAAGAAUUCCAUCUCUAAUGGUGCAUUCUUCCAGCUCUCAGCACGACUUGCUAGGUUCACUGGUAACGCAACUUAUGUCGAGUGGGCUGGGAAGAUCUGGGACUGGGUCGAGAAUAUUGGAUUAAUGUCAACCACAUACGACAUAUACGAUGGAACUGAUGAGAAGAUCAACUGCUCAGCCGUCGACCAUCACCAAUGGACGUACAACGUGGGUGUCUUCCUCUACGGUGCAGCGAUGAUGGCAAACUAUACGAACAACGUACAGGUCUGGGUCGAUCGCACCACGGGUCUCCUUUCAGCCACCGACUCCUUCUUCACACCCUUCACUAAUGCCACCAACAUCAUGUUCGAGGCUGCCUGCGAACUGCAAUCCGUGUGCAACGUCGACCAAUUGUCCAUGAAAGCAUAUCUUUCACGAUGGAUGUCAGCCUCCUCGAUAGUCGCGCCGUACAUCGCGGGUCGAGUUGGCACACUACUUCGAGCGUCAGCUUUGGGGGCUGCAAGUGCCUGUACUAGUGGUACCUAUGGUAAUACCUGUGGCUCCAAGUGGUACAUCAAUGGUUUCGACAAUCUCACUGGCCUCGGACAGCAACUCUCAGCUCUAGAGGUCGUGACUGGCCUUCUAGCGAAUGAGUCGGAGCCACCUAGACAUAUGCCGAAUGUCACGAUUGCCUAUCCCACAAUACUGCCCACAACGCUGUCGCCACCUAUUGAUUCGACAUCCACGGCACCACCUUUACACGAUCCUCCAUCGACUGACAGCGCCUCUAGGAGUGACACUGCUAAGUACGGUGGACUACUCGUGGGUUUGGUGCAUCUGCUGCUUUAG